CGAGGUUUACAUUAUUAAAUAGAUGGAGAAAAUAUCGAACUGUUCAUACAUAUCACUCUCAAACAAACUUCCUUUUAUUUUCUGUCAAAUAAAAACAAAGCUUAUAUAAUUCAGGCACACCAACCCGACUCCGUUUGACGCGGCUCCGAUGGUCACAACCGGCGCCCUCGUCGCCGGCGCCGCAGUCAACACCUGAGACCUCGUCCUGCCUGCCUGGGGUUCGAUUCGCACGCCCUCUGUUUAUUUUUAUCCAUUCCUCAUCUCCGAUUUUGUUUGCUUUAUUUGCUCUCGCCGCAUCUGAUUCCACCACCGCGGGAAUGGAUUGGGCGCGGCAGAAGGGCGUGAGCUUGCCGCUGCCGCGAUCCGAGUACGAGCCCCCGCGGAUGCAUUAUCAGCAUGCCGGUAGCCGCAGCCGCAUGCCGCCGUUCGCACGCGGCGGCGGCGCCUACAGCCGCGGACAGAAACAGUUCUACCCGCCGCCACCUCCUCCCCUCCCGGCGGCCGCGCUGCCUCUGCUGCCGCAGAACAAGCAUGAGGUGCUCAUGGAAGCCGGCCGCCUCGCUGCCGAGUACCUGGUGGCGAAGGGCGUGCUCCCUCCUGGCUCCUUGCAGCAGCGCGGCAGCACAGUCGUCGCUGGUGGGUGGGGCCAGCUACCGCCUCCACCUCCACCGCCGCUUUCGGUGACACAGGAAGCCCCAGCAUACCAUAUCGCCAGGAAUAGCCGGCGGCAGAUCGAUGAUGAGCGUGGUAUUCGUAACGCCCGCUCACGGCGGAACCGUGGUGGCGACUACAGUAGCAGCAACGGUAGUAACUAUAAUGGAAGGGGGAAAAGGAAAUUUGGGGCUGACAAUAAGUAUUCAGAUUGGACAAAGGAUAGGGGGAGGAACAGGCGGUAUUCUGAUAUCCGGAGUUAUGAUGAUGAGGAUGAUGAUGGGGCUCCUCCUGGGUUCAAAAGGGAGCGCCAAAGCGGUGGUGGGAUUGACGAGGUUGGUAGUAGCAUGUCGGGGGUAGCUUGGGAGGGGCCAUCAUCGAAGGUGGAGGCGAUGGGGGAGUCGGAGCUGGAGGAUACUGGGUCAAAGGCUAGUUCUAACAGCAAUAUCCAGCAGAAAGCUAGUGCUUUGCAAGAGGUGGAGGAUGAAAAUGAGGCAAACAAAAUGCAGGAGAACAGUGUGGUGUCUAAUUCAGACGUAGCUGAGCAAGCAUUGAAUGGUGAGGAUAAUAGCAACAAUGAUUCUUCUGCUGGUGUUGAAGAGGCAGGGACAAAACAUUUGCCAGUAUCCUCAGGUGAAAAGGUCUCAGAUGGGAGGCUUGAACAUAGCGGUGUUCUGAAUGACAAGGUUGAAGAUGACAGUACUUUGCAUGAGAAGUCUGAAGAUGACACAAUGUCGGAAGAGGUCUCUGUUAUGGAGAGCAAUUUGCCUAAUGACGCUAGAAAUUUGCUAAACUAUUGUAGUUUUGCAAGAGUUCCAACAAGACCACGAACAGUGCUUGCAAACAGGAAUGUUGGACCAGGUCAAAGAGAAAUUACUGUGUCUGAACAGCUCAAUUUGGUUACUUCUGAAGAAAUAUCCAAUAUGGCAAUGGAUGGAGAAGCUAACACUAAUUCCAUAACUAGCAUCGAGGAAGGCAGUAAAGUUGAGCUGGUUGGCCAAGACCAAGAACAUGCUGAACAAAGCGCUAUCUGCAAUCAAGUGGCAGAAUCAGUGGCAUUCCAUGAAAAGGAAACUCGAGGUGAAACUGAAGAAAAGGAAGAACAGAAGAACAUCCCUCAACAUUAUGAAGUUGAGGAUAAUAAGGAGACAAACGAACUGUGUCCUACAUUUGCUUCUUCUCAGAAUAACCAAAGCGCUAUCUGCAAUCAAGUGGCAGAAUCAGUGGCAUCCCAUGAAAAGGAAACACAAGGUGAAACUGAAGAAAUGGAAGAACAGAAGAACAUCCCUCAACAUUAUGAAGUUGAGGAUAAUAAUGAGACAAAUGAACUGUCUCCUACAUUUGCUUCUCAGAAUAACUUCAAUUUGCAAGUUGAGAAAGGAAUACAAAUCUACAAUUUAGAUACACCGCCACAAGAUGAAUUGUUGAUCGAUCCACCCGAUAAAGGGAAAACAGUUGAUUCGGAGUUAUUACCUAACAUCAAAGCAGAAGAUGCUGUUACAGUGGAAGAGGAAAAGAUUGGCCAGUCUAGCUCAUUUAAAAUACGUGAUCUCAACCUGGUUGGUAGUCCAGAGGUUGUUGACAUGCGAGGUGACCCUCGUUUAGGCCAAAGCUCUACUGCUGGAUGUCCAGUAGACCUACAAGAUAAUCAACAAGUUGAGUUUGAAACAGCUCUUGGUAACAACCCGAAUAAUACUGACACAUGUGCCCCCUUUCUGUUGGGAAAUAAGUCAGUUCAAGUUAUUGAUAUCGAAGAUGACAUACCAAUUGAAGCCGGUGCUUGUGACACGUCAAAAUCAAAAGGUGAGAUGGUAUAUUCUAGCAUGGAGAGCAUGAUGAACCCGCCUCCGGUGAACACCGAUGCUCUACAUGGUAUCCAAGAUGGGUAUAGUCUUGCAAUUUCAGAUUACCUUGGUGCUGAUAUGUCAUGCUACCAAUCAAUACAAGCAGAACUUCAAGAUGGGAUGGACCUAAACGGUUCAGAGGGCAUUACUGUGAUGGAUGAUCCAAUAUACAGUUCUCUUAGUGACAUAGGUUUUAUGGAGGUUUGGGACCAGCAACCUCAAGACUAUGAAAAGUUCUUCUGAGGCACCAACUCGUGUUGCUGAAACUGUUCUGGAGUUCGACUGAUAAAUACCAGUUAUACUUGCAUAGGCAGAAAUAAAGCAGUAGAUCGUGCCUAACAAAUAGAAUCCCGUGUACUCGUGCGACAGCAGCACCUCAUGCACUUGUAUGUUCCAGGCCAUACAUAUGUGUUCAGACAUAUGUAUUCAGACUCCCUGCCUUGCCCGACAGUGGUGUAAAAAGUAGUCGUAUAGCUGUCAUGUAAUUCAAGGGAAUUGACCUAAGCACGAUAGAGCAUUCAUCCGAAACAAUUCUUCAUUUGUAAUAAACAGCUCUAUAUUCCAAAUUAAAAGUGUUUAUUUGUUAUAUCUA